UGUCUCCUAAUCAUCAAGCCCUUAAUAAGUGAAUCAGAUAAGCAUGUUCUGAGUUACAACACAUUUGUGGAUUCCUCAGAAGUUGUAUGCCGACUGUUUACGUAGACAACAUGGUUGGGAAACUAGUGAUUCUGUUGUUUGCAAUGCUGCUUGUUUCUUAUUCAGAAGGGAGUUCAGAACGUGGCAGAAAGCCAUCAUGCGACAAUAUGGCAGAGCCUUUUGCUUGCCUUGCCGUCUACUUGCCUGUGUGUGGCUCUGAUGGCCAAACCUACUCCAAUGAGUGCUACCUCUGUUCCCAUAUACAAGAAACCAACAAGGACAUUUUAGUCAUCAAUGAGGGGAGCUGCUAAGAGGAUCUGAAGUCACCAAAAAAAAUACAUGUUGUUGAUUUAAUAAACCGAUGUGCAAAUAAAACUUCUUGUUUCAUUUUGA